AAAAAAAGGAAAAGAGGCUGGCGAAUCUGGAGCACCGACCAAUCCAGACAGCACCCGCACCGCCACGGCGGCGGCUGUCCGUUUCUUUCCCGGCGCCAGCUUCCUCUUCGUUGCCCCUCACCUUCCCUACCACGUGCGCCCAACGCUGGCACGAAUCCAGAAUCCAAUUUCGCCACGUGAAGCUCAGUGCUCAGCGCUCACUGCUCGCCUCGCCGGCCUCCCUCCCGAGCCCGCGUGUUCCCCCGGCCGCGCCGGGGAUGGCGGCGGCGGCGGCGCCGCUGCUGCUGGCGCAGGAGGACGGGAGGGCGAGACGCGGCGGGGCGACGUCGGCGCAGACGCUGGGGAACGUGGUGGUAUCCAUCGUCGGCACCGGCGUGCUCGGCCUCCCCUACGCCUUCCUCGCCGCCGGGUGGCUCGCGGGCUCCGUCGGCGUCGCCGCCGCCGGCUCCGCCACGCUCUACUGCAUGCUCCUACUCGUGGACUGCAGGGAUAAACUCGAUGAGGACCAACCUGAAGAGUGCUGUCAGGGUCACUAUACAUAUGGGGAUUUGGGUGAAAGGUGCUUUGGGACUAUAGGUCGAUGCUUGACAGAAAUCCUCAUCCUUGUUUCGCAGGCCGGUGGUUCUGUAGCGUACCUAAUAUUCAUUGGCCAAAAUCUUCACUCCAUAUUCAGCCAGUUGAUGUCCCCAGCUGGCUUCAUCUUUGCCAUCCUUCUGCCUGUGCAGAUCGCACUCUCCUUCAUCCGUUCACUGCCUUCUCUUUCUCCAUUCAGUAUAUUUGCAGAUGUGUGCAACGUCCUUGCCAUGGCAAUUGUGAUCAAAGAGGAUCUUCAACUCUUUGAUCAUCCCUUUGCAAGUAGAACUGCUUUUAAUGGGCUUUGGGCAGUGCCAUUCACCUUUGGGGUUGCAGUCUUCUGUUUUGAAGGAUUCAGCAUGACCCUUGCACUGGAAGCUUCAAUGGCUGAGCGGAGAAAGUUCCGCCGGGUACUUUCUCAAGCACUUGCUGCCAUUAUAACCGUGUAUGUGUGUUUUGGAGUGUGUGGGUACUUGGCCUAUGGUGAUGCCACCAAAGACAUCAUAACACUCAAUCUUCCAAACAAUUGGACAUCAGUUGCAGUUAAGGUUGGCCUAUGCGUCGCGCUGGUGUUCACGUUCCCAGUUAUGAUGCACCCGAUCCAUGAGAUUGUGGAGACAAGAUUCAGAUCAAGUGGAUGCUUUCAGAAGCUCUCCCACAAUGUACCUGGAGCUGAGUGGCUAGGCCUGCACUCAAGCCGCAUCCUCGUGGUGGCCAUCCUGACUGUUGUGGCAUCCUUCAUCCCUGCUUUUGGGGCGUUCAUCUCAUUCGUCGGAAGCACGAUGUGCGCGCUUCUCUCCUUCGUGCUGCCUGCUCUCUUCCAUCUCAGCAUUGUAGGCUCGUCAAUGUCCUUAUGGAGGCGGGCGAUGGACUAUGUCAUUCUUCUCUUUGGUCUGGCUUUUGCCGGGUACGGUCUUGUCUCUGCUCUGUCCUCACAUUAGACAAUGGUCCAAAUGGCCAAGAUGUGCAGAUCAGGAUUUGAACCCUAGACACUAAAGGAAGUCAUCAGCAACUGACAAAUCUGGAUCUUGGGAUGGCAUGAGACAAAUGGAGAUGGCUCCGAAAUUCAUAGCAUUUUAUAUAAUAUACAGAUGAUGCUGGGAUCAAGGCUAUGAUGGGUUGUAUUGUAGCUUAGAUGUAUCUGUCUUUUCUGCAUGUGGCCCCCUUUAGCCAAUCUCCAUAUGUUUAACUGGCAAGUGCACAUGGGUUGUAAAUGGUUUAUAAACAAGAGCAUAUUUGAAUUGAUUUCGACUUGAUUUGCUACA